AUGUCAAAGAGAGGUAUAGACCAGGUGUAUGAGACUAUUGAUAGUGCCAGCUCUGCAGAGGCUACGCCACGAAAGCCACAACCAGGAUUCAUUUUACUAUCUGGGUCAGAUCUUCUAGUCGAAGACUCGCCUGACAAGGAAAAGAUAGACCUUAGCCCGUUCAAAACCCCCACCAGAAAGGAAAGGGUACACACCUUUGGCUCACCUUUGGAUGGCAGGCAUGUCGAUAAAGAAAAGACAUCCACUAGUAGCCCAAUGGGAAUUAUAGAAAGCUUGAUAGCAGACCUGGCUCGGGAAGAAGAGAUUGUAAUAUCUUCUGAAGAUGAAAGUAUCUACUCUACUGCUCGAUCAGUAAUUCCCCUGCAGCAAUUUUCGAUUCCACUGUCGAUACCAUAUGGAGUGAAACAAGACAGAAAGAUACGACGGACCUCACGGAUUGAGAUUCGGGAUGGCCUCACGGUGCCUGAUCGCAAACUGGGAGGGGUAGAGAUCCGGAAUUUAGGCCCCAAGAAGGACCCUAUCGAUUUGGAGAAUGAGGUGCCUGAUUCAGAAGACGACGAACACGAUUGCAGCAUUAUAGAAAUCACUGUUGAGGAGGACGAACAGGAACAGGAGUUGGCGUUCGGUGCUAUUGCUGGAAACAAAAACGAAGAGUACACCGAAGCAAACACCUCGGUGUUACAGGUACCAUCGAGUCCUUCGCUUCGAGAGGGAGAUUCUUUCAGUCUUCCAAAUCCGUUUGUGGAACAAGAGCGUAUAUUACCAGAUGUUGCUUCGUUCUCGAUCAAAGAAUUGAGAGCCAUAUUUGAACUCUGGGAUAUGAAGACCCCUAGAAGCAAACAGAAAAUGAUAGAAAUAAUAACGGAGACUGGGAAGCUUGUGAGUCCAGAUGUAGAAUGGAAAGCCACAGACCCUUCAGGAGCCAGCGUUGCCAUCACAUCCAUCCACCAGAAUAUUACUAGAUUGAUUCAGCUGAACCAACUUUGGCACGACAGAAUUAUCAGCUUCCAGCCGAUUCUCAUAGAGCAAUUACAACAGUGGUUGCAGUCCAUGGGGUAUAAUUUAGAAUUGGACUUGUUGGAGAAAUAUUGCUGGAAACAAGGAAUUACAUCUACGAACCAGCGGACAUAG